ACUGCACACCACUCCUCUCUCUCCCUCCCACAGCGAACCCUAGCGCUCUCACCCUCUGGAUCUCGAUGCGCUGCCGCCCCCAACCCCACUCCCUCCCUCUGGAUCUCGACGCACUGCCGCCCCCACCCCACUCCCUCCCACGCUGUCCACCGGCGUUCUCCUCACACUCUCACCGCUCGGCCCUCUCAUCCGCCUCCCGUCCCCUCGGUGGCGGUGCCCUCCCCAUCGCUAUCCCCCAACCCCGGCAGCCAGAUCCCGCUCAGGCUCACAUCGGGCUCCUCAUCGUCCUCCUCAACCUGCUCCUCCCGCCCGCGCUCCUCUCCAACUUCCUCCGUGACGGUGUCCACCACGCCUCUACGCACAACCUCCUCGACCAGGCCAGGGGCUUCCACUUCCGCUCCUCCCUCGUCGACCUCCCCGCCGUCUCCGCCGCCCGCUCCCUCAUACUCUGCGCGUACACGGCAUGCGGGGGCGGCGCGGCCUACCUGUGGGCGGCGGCGGCCUGCAGCAUCGGCUCCCUCUUCUAUGUCCUCGCCAAGGCCGCCGCGGUCUUUGGCGUGGCCGCCGACGGUGCUGCCGGCCUCGAGCUGCACGGCAAGGGCCAGCUCCUCGCCUUGGCCUACCGGGCCAGCAGCCGGGAGAAGCGCCGGCUGCACGUCGUCUACAGGGUCAACAUCGAAGUAGCGACCUCCAUGGACGACAUCGACGAUGAAGACAAUGACGAGGGGCCUGUAACAAGAACGAGAGCCCUCUUAUUCACAGGGGCGUUGAUCCGGACGACCGAAUGAAUCCUCCUCCUUUUGUUUUAGCUCUUGAUUGACGCCUUGGGAAGUCCUAGUGCAAAUUUGGUUUGCAUAAUGCUCUGGUCUGGUAAAUGAUUUUAGAUAUGCACUAGUGGUGGAAAUUUAGGCAUUCGUCGGUAGAAAAAGCUAAUCAUUGAUCUAGAGAUACAAAAGUGGAGCUUUUGGCAUUUGUUGCUGAUGUAAUUCAUGCCAUGAUUACUUGACAGAGGGAAACCAUUGGGCUGAUAAACUUCGACUAGGAGUAGGAAUUAUGAGGAGAAAUUGUUUAAUCUGAACGCAAACAACAGUUAUCGGUUUCAAAAUGCCAUACUUUUAACCGGAAUGAAUUUCUUCUUUUGCU